AUGCCUAUGAUCAUCGAGAAAGAGGAUUCGGCCCUCGAGCCGAUUGCCAUUGUUGGCAUGGCAUGUCGCCUGCCCGGCUCUGUGGACUCAGCAUCCAAGUUUUGGGAGACCUUGCGUGACAAGAAAUCCGUUAGAACACCCAGGGUACCUAGUAACCGGUUCAAUAUCGACGCUCACUACCACCCCGACCUUUCGCGCCCAGGCUCUUUCUCCGCCUUGGGAGGCUACUUCCUCGAUGGAAAUCCUGUGGAUUUCGACCCAAGCUUUUUCAACAUGACCCCUAUUGAGGCGCAGUGGCUGGACCCACAACAGCGCAAGAUACUCGAGGUCUGCUACGAGGUGUUUGAGAAUGCCGGUAUCCCCUUGGACAAGGUCGCCGGAUCCAACACCGGCGUCUACGUCGCUAGCUUUACCAGCGACUACCAGCAGAUGUCGAUCUUUGAGCGUGACUUCAGGCACAACUACGCUGCUACUGGCGUGGACCCAGGCAUCAUCAGUAAUCGUGUUAAUAACGCGUUUAAUCUGAGCGGUCCCAGUUGUAUCAUCAACACGGCCUGUUCUUCGUCCGUGUAUGGUAUCCACAACGCCUGUCAUGCUCUGCGAGCCCGCGACUGCGACGCCGCUGUUGCUGCUGGUGUCAACUUGAUCAUGAUUGUGGAUCAACACAUGAAUACUGCCAAGUUGGGAGUUCUCUCUCCCACCUCCGAAUGUCACACCUUCGAUGCGCGCGCUGACGGCUAUGGUCGUGCUGAGGGUAUCGGUGCUUUGUAUCUUAAGCGGCUCUCGGACGCUAUCACGGAUGGAGACGUGAUUCGUGGCGUCAUUCGAUCAUCUGCUGUCAAUACCAACGGCAAAGUUGAAGGCAUGGGUAUCACCUACCCCAACGCCCUGGGGCAGGAGCGCGUUCUCCGUCACGCAUAUAAGAGGGCAAACCUUGAUCCCAACAAGACGGCCUAUCUUGAAUGCCACGGCACCGGGACUCCUACCGGUGACCCCAUUGAGGUAAAAGCUGUUUCGAUGGGUAUGAACGACACGCGCAAUGCCGAUGAACCCUUGCUCUUGGGUGCUGCGAAGGCCAACAUCGGUCACAGCGAAGCUGCCUCCGGUAUCUUUGCUGCGAUGAAAGCGGCUCUUAUGACUGAAGAAGCCUUGAUCCCCGGUGUCUAUGGUUUCGAGACACUCAACCCCAACAUCAAAGCCGAAGACUGGAAUGUCAAGAUUGUAAAAGACCUGAUGCCCUGGCCCACGGGCUUUGACGUCCGCCGCGCGAGUGUCUCAUCUUUCGGAUACGGAGGUACCAACGCACAUCUAGUAAUCGAAUCGAUCGACAGCAUUUGCCCAUGGUACGAACACGGCAAGUCCAAAGCGGUGGCCAAAUACAAUUACCAUGAUGUCGAGCGACCUUUCCUGGUUACCAUGAGUGCUCAUAACGGGCCAACACUCAAGCGCAAUAUCCAAGCGCAUCAGAAAAUCGCAGGCGAUUACCACCUGCCUGAUCUUGCAUACACGCUCAACGAGAGGAGAUCGAAGUUCACCUCACGUGGUUACACCGUUGCUUUCCCCGGCGAGGAAACUAAGGCAUUCGAGACCACCAACUUUUCUUACGGGUCGAAACUAACCAAGACAGCCAACGUUGGCUUUGUUUUAACGGGUCAGGGAGCCCAGUGGGCCCGUAUGGGCUAUGAAGCCAUGCAACAAUUCCCCAGCUUCGCGGACACUAUUGAAGCCCUCAGCCGCGUUCUUCAGCGUAUCGAGCCAAAGCCAACAUGGAAUUUGUGGGACAUCCUCGAGGCACCAGCAGAGACUAGCCGUGUCGGAGAACCUGAGAUCUCACAGCCCAUCUGCACUGCCAUUCAGAUCGCCAUCGUUGACUUGUUUGCAUCCUGGGGUAUCGAGCCCACAGUGACUAUCGGUCAUAGCAGUGGUGAGAUUGCCGCCGCAUAUGCCGCUGGCCGUACUUCAGCCCCUGAGGCUAUCUUGGCUGCCUACUUCCGUGGCCUGGCCGUUGCCAAAGCAGCCCCUGUGGGCACCAUGCUUGCCGUCGGCGUCGGGGCAGACGAGGUCAUUGACUAUGUUAAUUUCCUGUCGCCUGAAGUUGCCCAGCGCGUGACGAUCGCGUGUGAGAACUCGCCGGGCAGCGUCACCAUGAGUGGUAGCCAUGAAGACAUUGCUGCCCUCAAAGAAGUUCUCGACCAGUCCAGCACUUUCGCCAGACAGUUGAAAACUGGCAAGGCUUACCACUCGUCUCAGAUGGAUGCCGUCGCGCCGCUCUAUGCACAGCUCUACGCGAAGGCGCACAAGACUCUUACAGGGGCUCACACGAAAUGGCGCCGUCCUGUUGCCGAAAUGGUAUCAACCGUCACAGGUGCCAUGGUGGAGGCAUCGCACCUGCCGAUCGAUUAUUGGUGCCAGAACCUACGCAGCCGUGUCCUCUUCAACACGGGCCUGCAGGCUCUCGGCAAUGCCCCCGAACUCGCAGACGUCAACAUUCUCAUUGAGAUCGGCCCUCACUCGGCACUAGGUGGUCCGAUCAAGCAGAUUGUCGCUGCUAACAACUUUGAUAUCCAGUAUGUCCCAUCGCUGCUGCGCGGAGCUGACAGUGCUGUUGCCCUGCUCAACGCCGCUGGAGAGCUCUAUCUCCGGGGUCUCGAUAUCGACUUCGGGCUCGUCAACAGUAUCGAGACGUCGAGACCAGCCAUUAUAAACAACAAAAUCCGCGGCGGACCGCACUACCUGCCCGACUUGCCACCUUAUCAGUGGAAUUACGAACGUACGCACUGGUAUCAGCCGCGGGUUAUGGCCGAGCUGCGUGAGUCCCAGCAUCCACGCCACGACAUCCUCGGCCGUAGGAUUUUCGGACUGUCGACGAACGCAUCCACAUGGAAGAAUAUUCUGCGACAGCGGGAUGUGCCGUGGUUCGUAGACCACACACUCGGAACUGAUGUUGUCUUCCCUGCCGCCGGCCACAUGUCCCUAGCGAUCGAGGGGCUUCUCCAGCAACUGGAUCUUUCGCCCGAGGAAGCGGUUGGUGUCAAGUUGCGGGACAUCAAGAUCGAUAAGGCUCUGGUUGUCCCUGAUACCGAUGAUGGCAUUGAGGUACACACUCGUCUUGAGAAGCUGGCAGCGGGAGGAGAUUGGUACACGUUUACCGUCGAGUCUAUAGAUAACGACAUUUGGACGGUGCACAGCACGGGAAAGAUCCAAAAGCGGCCGGCGGAAGCUCCCAGCUUGUUUCUAACAUCCCCUUACCAAGCUAGCCAGCUUCACACUCAGGUUUCUGGGAAGCAAUGGUAUCGCUCUUUCCGCCGGGUUGGGUUCAGGUACGGACCAAACCUUCAAACCAUGACCCAUGUCCGCGCAAACGGCAAGGACCGCGUCGCAUCUGCUGGCAUCAAGAUUCAAACCGAAUGCUCAGCAAUGGAGCACGAGUCCCGCUACAUGCUGCACCCGUCGACCAUCGACGGAUGUCUGCACGCCGUCAUCUCGGCCGUUCAUAAAGGCUUGCACAAGGAGAUGCCGUGGGGAGUGAUCCCCUUGGAGAUUGAAGAAAUGACGCUCAACUUCCCCAGCGAGGACCUGAACGCCGAUGGCCAGUGUACUGCAUGGGCCGAGAGGGCCUGGGACCGGUACUUCUCUGGUAAUCUGUCAUUAUCCGGAGCCUCAGGCAAGCCGUUGAUGGACAUUAAAAACUGGAAGUUUAUAACAUAUGAUGCGGCUGUGCCUCCUAGCCUCACUGAGCCAGGUCCAAGACAACCCUACAGGAUGGUCACGUGGGAGAAGUCCAACGCGGAAGAAGAAGUCUUGAACACCGAACUCGAGAAGAACAGCAACGUCGCCGUAGUGCAUGUAACUGAUGCGUCUCUUCUCGCCCAUGCUUUGUCGGCGGCAGCGGUUCCACUCAGCACCGACGGUGCGUUCGAAAAAGUUGUGGUUGUUGGCUCCGAUGGCUCUGGGGCUUCAACGCCGUUGACCGACGAUGUCGAUGCUUUCGAAAAGAUCGUGAUUGAUGACUCAGAUGGAUCUAUCCUGGCGAGCACUACCGAGAAGAUCUGGGACUCUAUCAAAAAAAUCCUACAAUCUGGUAAACCCAUCGUGUGGGUUACCCGGGGAGCCAACCAGGGCAAGUCAGUCGCCAGCGGCAUUCCCCAGGGAUUUUUGCGCGCCGUGCGCUCGGAAGCUCUCUCAUCAAAAAUUGUUCUGGUCGAUGCCGACGAAGAGACUUCUUUCGAACUAACUGCUGCUCUGGUACAGAACAAGUUGUCGACCGUGGGCUCCCAGGAACCGGGCACUGAUCUCGAAUUCUGGUUGACCAAAGGCUCUAGCGUCCUGGUUCCUCGCCUGGAGACCAAUGACACCCUCAACCAGCGCUUCUUUGCGGAUAACAACCAGCAAAUCGCCACCGCAUCAACUAAAGAGUCGUACAAGGGCAAGAUCGUCGACAACGAGGUUCUCUUCGAGACCCUAUUGUCGUCUGUCAUUGCUCCUGAGCUCGCCCCGCUUGAGGCCGAGAUCCAAGUGACGUUCGCCGAGCUUAGCAAAGAAGACCUCUCCGCCCGUGCUGUUGACCGUGUCCGUAUCAUCACCGGAACCAUCAUUCGCACCGGCAGCGAUCUGGAGGCCAGCCUCCGUGGGAAGACUGUGGUUGCGUUCACCAAGAAGACAUUCGAGACCCGGGCCAUCUCUUCAAUCUUUAGCGUGAUUGACGAUGCAGACCUCAGCAGCCCUGCGGCCGCCAUUCUCCCGCACCUAACAAAAGCCGUCAAUGCAGUCCUUGUAGCAGGAAAUUCCAGCGUCAAUGACCAUGUGCUCGUCCUCCCUUCGACCUCGCACUUCGAGCAGGCGGUCGCUAAGCUCGGCACUUACGUCGGCUUUCAAGUCUCCAAGGCGCCGAAGGACGUGUCCAAGCUGCAGCAGCUGCUGGGAUCUCUAGAUGGCCCGACCAUUGUCGUCGCUGACGCCCAUAGCGCGCUUGUCUCGGAGGCCUGGCGUGCAAUGCCCCGUGGUUCCAAAUUUGUCCUGAGUGAUGUCCCCACGGAUGAUCUGCUGGAUCUGAGACCGUUUGCUCGGGCCGUCACGUUACACAUCUGUGGCGUCUCGGAUGGAUUUGAUUACAACCCAGUCGCCUUGAAGAAGGCACUGGAGGUGAGCGUGGCACUGCUGGCAAAGCUCGGCCCUUCUGCUGGGCCCUCGCUAGAUAUUGAGGAGCUUUCCAACCUGGACAAUGCCCGAAGCCGCAUCGUUGAGAUCAACUCUGGUGUUUUGAGCAUAAACUACGGACAAAGUAAGAUCAAGACACGCAAUGCUCACAAGCCCGUUGUCUUUUCUAACGAGGGUGCUUACCUGCUCGUCGGCUGCCUCGGUGGUCUUGGUCGUAGUCUGACGACAUGGAUGCUUCAAAAGGGCUGCAGAAACUUUGUCUUCCUCUCCCGGUCCGGGACAGCGAAGCCCGAGGCCGCUGAUGUUGUCGCCCGUCUCAAGGAGGCUGGGGCUAACGUCAAGGUGAUGUGUGUAGACGCAAGCAACGAGCAGGCAGUUGCAGACGUGGUAGCAGACGUCUCCGCCAGCCACCCCAUCAAGGGUGUAAUUCACGCCGCUAUGGUGCUUCAGGACGGGCUGUACGAAAACAUGUCCUUCUCCGCCUACCGCGCCGCUUUACAGCCGAAGAUGCAAGCUGCCAUCGCUCUUGACAAGGCGCUCGGCGAUACGCCGCUCGACUUUUUCCUCAUGACGAGCAGCAUCUCGGGCGUGCUCGGCAACCCCGGCCAGGCCAACUACUGCGCAGGUAACAGCUACCUGGACUUCCUCGCCCUCCAGCGCCGCAAGCGAGGCCUCGCCGCGUGUUCGAUCGCGCUCCCCAUGGUCGAGGACGUCGGUGUAGUCGCCGAGAACGCCGCCAUUGCUGAAUCGCUGGCGCGUAAGAUGCCCUUUGGGGUAGACGAGCGCGAGAUGCUCGCGUCCUUCGAAGCCGCCAUCAUCCAGGGCGCACCGUCCAGCAGCGGCGAGGCGGUCCACCUCGGCGAUGUCCAACUUAUCCUCGGCCUCGAGCCCGAGGCCAUGUUGGUUGCGAUGGAGGGCUUGGACCUCUCGGACGCUUUCUGGCAUCAGGACGCACGCAUGAGGUCUGUGCGGCAAGCCCUCGAGGCCCUCACGGCCGCGGCUGGAAAGGCCGGUGGGCAACAAGAUGGUGCUGGCGCGGGCUUCACCAGCACCCUCGCUGGCCUGCCAGAGGAGGAAGCACUCAACGCUAUCGGGUUGCACGUCAUUGAGCGCGCGGCGCGCAUUCUUGGAUCGCAAGCUGACAGCUUCCAGCUAGACGGGGUGUCAGUCGCAAGCCACGGUGUGGACUCGAUGAUUGGUGUUGAGUUACAGAGCUGGUUGUUCAAGGAGUUUGGCCUGCGAAUGAGUGUCCAAGUGUUGUCAAACCCAAAGACGACGUUUGCGGGCUUGGCGAAGACUGUCGCGGAGCAGAUCGGCGUUCUGCAAGCCGUGUAG